UGUUGGCAGCAAAGUUCUUUGUUGACUGAGCAGCCCAAAACGGUGUUGUCUAACGUACAUUAUGGACUGGAUGGCGUUAACCGUAGGCUUCCCUUGCUUGUCCCUUCUACCACUCGGCACUUUCUACCGAGAUAAAUAUUACAUAAGCGACGAAUGCUUGGCUUGCCUAAAGAAAAUGAACGCCAAAAUAAAUUGUGAGGAUCCCAAUACGCGUGCUCUUCGACGUGCCCUCAUCUUUAUGGACAUCUUGAAUAAGGAUCUUAUCCCUAUUUUGGUCCAAGUGAAUCAACCUAGCAUUAUUCGUUCAACAGUCGAACUGCUUACUUGGUUAACAGUGCCCGUCAGUUGCCUGAUUCCCACAAACGCGAUGCCCGAUGACAUCUCGAUGCCAAAGUUUAUGGUCUAUGAGUUUACGCAAUUUCUCUACAAUGCCAAAGAUGCGUUUUUGGACCCUAAAGUUACCCAAGCUGUCGUUGAUCAGCUUUCAUUCUGUUUAACAAAUCCAUUAACUACCAGAGAUUGUGAAUUCAUCAACUAUUUACUGUUGCUUAUCCGUAAUGUCCUAUACGCUCCUGAACGACCUUUCAAUUCUACGAAAACUGAAGAAUGGAUGCAUCCUAUGGGACACGAUACUGGAACUAACGGCUCGCAGCAAAGGCGACUCAUUUGGGUAUUAUUCGCACAAGGAUUUGACCAAAUUCUCCUCAGUUUGCUUACAUAUUCGCAGAAGGGCAAAUGGGUCGUGACAAUCGUUCAACUCAUUGCUCUCCUCUACCAAGGGCAUCCGGCAGAGAUCAUGGAAAAGCUGCUAGACAGGAGAGCAUAUACGGCCUGUUCAUCUACAAAUGAUGACCCGAACGAUGGUGCUAUUGCCAGUCCAUCAGCAGCAGCAGAGGAUACUGGUUUAAGGUUUGCUAAUUACUCCGAAACAUCACGAAAAGAUGAACCUUCAGUAUUAACGCGAGUUGAUGAUAGAAAUGGAAUAAACGUGGAAUGUAUUGUAAAAGGAAAGGAGGAACAAAAAUUGAAAGGGACGAAUCACAAGCAAAAAGAGAACAAAGGCAGUGAAUCGCACCACAUCCAAACGAAGAUUAUACGAAAUCCGUCGGAGGAAGAUGUAUCGCAACUUCUGGUAGAAUUCAUACCAAUUUUUUUGCAAAAUGGUUUCAACGCGUUAGUGAACGAACUACACCAAAAACUGAUACAACAGGAUGUUUUACUGCAUUCGGAGAAGUCAUUUUUCUUAUGGCUCAUCACGUAUUUCAUGCGCUUCGCGUCACAAUUAAAAUUGGAUGCGAAGUGCUUGAAAAAUAUUUUUGUUAUUGAUCUUCUUUGUCAUCUGACGUGGGAUGCGAUUCACCAGACUGAAGAAUUUGAAGUUAACUCACUACAACCGUCACUCGAUCUAACACCGUUUAUGCGACGUCUGCAUCUAGGAAUAACCGCCAUCGGCGAAUAUCUUCGAGCAUUGGAUGCGUAUUGUACUUUGGCUGAAUCGAAGCAAACAAAGAUUUUCCAACUACGAGAUUACUUGCUAGUCAUCAGUGAUCUUCGUCAACUCUUUUUGCUCCGAUUACGACUGUUCAACCCCAACAACCAGGGUCGGCGAUAUCUCUGUGAAAUCAUCAAAGCUAACCACAUACUUUUGCUUUCACUCGAACGUGCUAUCAAGCAGUCGGCGUCUGAGAAGAGCUUUGAUAUUUCUGAACAUUUAAAACAAUUUUGUUGCAGGACGAUAAUAGAUCGAUAUGGAACUGCCCUCAGAGAUUUUAAGACAAACGGCUCUUUCGUCAACGAUUGCAUUUUUACGGUGUUGCACCACGUCGGCAUUGAUCUAGGUCAAGUUGACCUCUUGUGCGAUCCUGUUAUUUUGCGCAAUUUCAGCCAAAUUUGGGCUAGCGAAUUCAAGUUGUGUGAAAAUUGGCAAGACCUUAUAGAAUACGUUGUGCGCAAAUUUAUGCGAGACCAUCAGACUAAGACUGGCUGCUUCUAUGAAGGGUCGCCCCCCAGAACUCCUGAUCAGGAUAAGCAAAUUCCCUUCGACGCCCAGAGAGAGUCAACUGCUUGCAAAAGUCCUUCUUUUAUAGAGGCCGAGCUUGCCGAGCUUCAAAUACUAAAAACCCAACUUGUGGCUUCUGGCUAUCAGCAAAAACUACGUUGGAUUCAGAAGUCUUUAUUGGUAGCCUGUUCCGCCCGUUUGGGUACGUACGUCAAUGAAGAAUUCCGCAAUCUAGUUGCAUGUCUGAGUCUUCAAAUGAGAUUGCCCUGUCCGAUAAUUCCAUGGACGGUGGACGAAGCUUCAGCACUGAAUUCAAGCCUCUUCAGACUACUUUUGCUUCGGAUGGGCCUUCAAACAUCCGUCACUCAGACUGCCCGUUUUCCGCGGAUUCCGUUUGCGUGGUCGGCAGAAUCUUUAUUCCGCGCUGCUCUAGUUCUUGGUCCCGUUGAUAGUCAGGAUAUCGACUUUGACUUGCAGCGGAUCACUAAAGUUGAACCACCAGUCCCGCCUUGCCACGCAAACUCACCCGACGAUGAUUAGUUUUCACUGAGAUUGGUAAGUUAAACACCAUCUAAUAGCAUUAGCAGGGAACACUCAACAACGUACUAUAGGCGAUUCCCUACAGGCCUGGAGUUUCAAUUACACUCUGUGAUAUCUUAAACUUGUUUUACUCGAAGCAAUACCCCCUUUCAGUUUGUAAACUGUGUCAUAUUGUAUUUGCAUGCGCAUUCUUGUGCAUGGGCAGCUGUGGCAAGCUUUCAUUUUGCUUUAAGUUGUCCACGCGACAACAACAAAAAAAAAAACGAUAACAAAGGUGGAAAUGGCUGUUGAACUAUUGAGAAAUAUUUUGAUGUCCCUGAUAACCCCGUGAUGUCACAGUCUGAUGUCUACGAGACUCACGUGUUUUUCUUUUUCUGGAUCUUUUGUAACGUGACUAAACUAAAAUAAAUGAA